AUGGGUUCCAUGGGCAUUGACGUCUCUACGUCAGAGGCAUCGACUCCCACCGAACAGCAUCCGCCCACCCCUGCCUUCUCGCAGAAGCGAUCCGCUGGCGAAGCGGGCCUGAAGUCGAACGGUCUUCGCCCGAACAAAAGCGUCAAGCGGCGAGCUUCCAAGGCUUGUCAGUGUUGCCGCGCGCGCAAAGUCCGCUGCAAUGUUGUAGAGCAUGGCGCGCCCUGCACGAACUGUAGACUCGAUGAGGUCGAGUGUAUCGUCUCCGAGAGCAAGCGCAAAAAGAAAUGGGGCGAGCUGACUCCCGAUCGAGUACGCAAGGACUCGCUCCCCAAGGCGGCACCAUCUUUGCCACUGUCGGCAGCUCCGCCAUAUGAGCCGCUCAGAAGGAUCAGCGAGCACGUGCCUCAUCCGCUCUACCAGGAUCUCAGCAGAGAUAUGAAUGGCAGCCAUGGCAGCAGCGACUCCAAAUCCUCGGUCUACCCCCCGAAUCUGCUCAUGAACCUGCAACGACCCAGUCAGAAACCGAACGGCGCUGCAGAUCCCAGCUCGAUCAUCGCGCGGCUCUUCUCAGACCGCACUCCCUCGUACAGCCUGCCCGCAUAUAUCAAGCCCAUCCCCACGAGGGUUGGCCACGACGAGAUUGUGUUUCUCGAAAAGAAGGGCGCCUUGGAAAUUCCUCCUGCACCACUACGAGACGCUCUGCUCCAAAGCUUCGCCGAGUUUGUCCAUCCGUUCAUGCCCCUGCUGAACAUCCACGAACUCGUCGAAAGCAUCGAUCUGAACGAUGGCUCACAAACCAUCAGUCUGCUCCUCUUCCAGGCAGUCAUGUUUGCCGGAGUUGCCACCGUUGAUGCGGGAGCCCUAAGGGCCGCGGGCUACACGAAUCGCCGAGUCGCACGGCGCGCCUUUUUCCAGAAAGCCCGCUUCCUCUACGACUUUGACUACGAGGUCGACCGCGUGGCGCUGAUUCAGUCGCUGUUGUUGAUGACGUACUGGUAUGAGACGCCAGACGAUCAGAAAGAUAGCUAUCACUGGAUGGGCAUCGCAGUGUCCCUGUCCCACACCAUUGGUCUGCAUCGCGACCCGGAAAACUCGACGUCCAUCGAACCCGCGCGACGCAAGCUGUGGCGACGGAUCUGGUGGUGCACAUAUAUGCGCGACCGCCUGAUCGCCCUGGGCAUGCGGCGACCCACCAAAAUCAAGAGCAAUGAUUUCGAUGUGCCCAUGCUUACAUUGGACGACUUCGAGAUCAAGGCUGUGCCGGAGCGACCGACGUGCGUUCCCAGCGGCUGCAAAGUGCUGCGCGACGCGGAAACGCAAAGACGGCUGGCCGUCAUGUGCAUUGAAAAGGCGAAACUGUGCAUCGUAAUGAGCCAUGUGCUCAGCGUGCAAUACUCGGUGCUGCACAACAAUCACGGCGCGGUGACGGAGGAAGGCUCUACGCAAACGACGCUGAUGCUCGUUCAAAACAAGGCCGAAGUGGGUUUGGAAGAGGUGGAGGCGUGCGAUGCCGAGCUACAGGUGUGGAGGGACGCGCUCGCCGAUGAGGCGCAGUACGUGAUCCCAACACACCAAGACAUCAAAGGCGGAGAUGCGAGCGUGAUGCUCAACUCAUCGCUACUGCACAUGAUCUACUACGCCACGCUGUCAGCGCUGCAUCGGCCGCAGGUGUUGCCUGCAACCGGCGUAACGCAGCGCAAUCCGUCCGUCGAGACGGUCGACAUCUCUCGCAAGACCGUGCGGCUGGCAGCAGCAGAGAUCACCAACAUUGCCACGACCCUCUACAAGCUGGAUUUGGUGCGCAACCUCCCCACAACGGGCAUCACAGUGCUGCUCCCGGCCAUCAUCAUUCACCUGCUCGACAUCAAGGCCAACGACGACGCCACGCGGAAGGCGAGCUUGAAGGGCUUUUGCGAAUGCAUGCAGAUCCUCGCGCGACUGCGAGACAUCUACGCCGCGGCGGACUACUCGACGGCCUUCCUGGAAGCGGCGAUCCGCAAGGCGGAGAUUUCGUGGCCGCAGAAGUCGGAGGAGAUGAAGGGGUCGAGAAGCGUCAUCACGUCGUCGCAAGGGCUCGUCGACGCGGGCAAGAGACUGCAUCUUGUUGCUUCGACUCCUGUUUCCGGCGCGCUGACUCCACCUCCGGAAGAGCACCGAUCGUCGAGUGCAGGGGAAGCACUGUCGGAUCAAGAGAUCCACAUGCGCCUGAAUUCGUACCUGGCCUCGACUCCGCCCGACUCGGACAACUACCACAGCGGCGACAGCGUGGACAUGAAUCUCGACCUCGGCCUCGAGGAAGAGAUUGAGCCCGAUUUCGCCGCGCUGAUCGAUCUCGAUGCUGCUGGCGACGUGUGGGCGCUGGAAGACGAAGCGUUGCAAGGCGCCAUGCAAGGAGAGAGCAGUGGAUUCGCCAUGGACGUCAACUGGAUGAAUGGAUUGAAUGAGGAAGUUGCUGUUCCGGCGUAG